CAAGGGCCAAGCCACGCUUCUUCCGCGUCGCUCCUUUCCUCCUUUUUCCCCCCAGAAGUCAACGCACACCGCCAGAACUCAUCGGCGUCUUCCGUAAACCCCCACACUCCCCCGUUCCCGCAAAAGCUACCCCAGAGCGAAGAUGUCGCUCGGCCUGCAGAUCGCCGCCGCACAGGCUCUCUCCAUAGUCUCCCUCUACGGCGUCUACACAGAGACCCAGCGGUUCCUCAUCACGUCGCCGCUGCUCAACAAACCCUCUCCCACAACAACAACAACAACAACAACAACAGCAACGACGCCCUUCUCCACAACCGCAACCCCAAAGGGUGAUACAACCAAUGUAUCCACAGUCGAACAACAGCGCAUCUCAGGCCCAACCGCGCAAGUCAUCGCCGGCGCCCUCUCCGGCCUCACCCUCGCGACCCUCUCCCACCUCCUCCACACCCCCACCUUCCCCGAAACCUCCGCCGAAACCCGCGCCGCCCUCCUCGCCGCGCAAGCGUCCGCCUCCCAACAACGCCACCUCGGCCGCCCAUCCACCGUCGACACCGUGACCGCCGCCCCCUCCCGCACGGCCUUCUGGCGAUCGGGGCUGAAGACCGCAUCAGGUUACGCGUGCUUCUUCGCGGUCGCCGAGGGCCUCCGCACGGGGAUCUACAAAGCGAGACUGGUCGCUGCCCACCGCGCGUUCCAAUCCGCCACACAGAACGGUCCCCCGCCCCACAUCCGCUCCCUCGCACCGACGGCAGCAGACCUCCUCCCCCCGCGCCAGAACGACCCCACGUGGCACCUCACCAACUUCUUCGCGGGCGGCGUGGCAGGGCUGGCGUACCGCGCCGCCACGUUGCCGUUCUACGCGGGCCCGGUCGAGAACCCGUUGCUGGCGAAGGGCGGGCUGGGGAUCCUGGCGGGGACGUUUGUCGCCAUGGGCAUGUUGAUGGUGGGCGUGGGCGUUGCGGAUGAGGCGUGGGGGGAGGUCAGCCGGGAGAGGUGGGAGAGGGUGGGCGGGGUGGAUGUCAUUCAGGGGUAAUGGCUGUCGGAUGGAUACUUGUAUGUAGAUAGGGGGAACUGCGAGGCCGGUGGGUGCGGUGGAAGGGGACUUGUGCAAUAUAUUCCUGUGCAUCGCAGCGGUCUGCAAUUGCUCUUCUUCCGAAAAAUCGUGACCUACUGCAUUCAGGAGUUAUCCCCCAGGUCACCAUCUUGGAGAAACAACCGCGUCGGGGAAGUGGAGGAACCCCCAGUGUGUAUGUGGGCAUCUCGGCGUCCAGCAGGUCUGUGGCAAGUUACGACCCGAAAACGAGCGACGGAUAAACGC